AUGCCUGAAUCAACCUACUCAGACUCUUCUUCCUCCCGACCACGACGGCGAUAUGACCGCGAGCGGGAGCGGGAGCGGGAUUAUGCUCGCGAUUAUGAUCGCGAUUAUCGCGACCAUCAUCCCCGGCGAUCAUCACACAGACGCCGUGACCGCCCUCGCCGGCGCUCACCCUCCCCUUCUGUAUCAUCAUGCUCCACCUGCCCUUCCACCUGCUGCUGUUCGGAUGCCACCCCUCCUCCCACCUACGAUGAGAGCCAGGCUGUUGUCCUCCGGAGGCCAUUACCAUCUGAUCAUCACCCCCGCCACCAUCAACACACCACGGUUACAAGGGCGCGGAAUUACUAUGAUGAUGACGGUGAUGUGGAGAGUGUAGAGGAGUACACAGUUCAUCAUCCUCAUGAAAAGUCUUAUCCCAGGGGGGGCUAUGGGGGAAGGUCAGAGUAUGAAGCUAGGAGGUGGGAAGAGGAACGGGAGGAGGAGGAGAGGAGGAGGCGGAAGAAGAAAGAGAAGCAUCAGAAUGUGUUUUUGGCGCUGGGUGCCCUGGUGGCGGCGGUGGUUCUGUGCUCUAAUUAG